UCCCUCUUAAGUUUAUUAACCACGACCGUGCAUUAAUAAAUCGAAGUUACUUACUUGUGAAACCAUUAACGAUUAAUCAUUGGUUCGUUGAUCAUUUCUAGUAGUAAUUAAUGUCAAGAUGUUAACUAAUUGUAAUCUUAGCAACACUCUCCAACAUUAAUAUAGGAUGGAUUAAGAUUCCAGAAAUCGAAAACACUAUUCACGGCGAUUCUUGGUUUUUCAGAAAUCGACGGUUGAUGUUGACUUUUUCUUGCAAUCUGAGGUCGUAAUCACUUGUUAACUUAAAUCCGUGCUAGGAUCUGAACUUGGAAGGCUGAUUUUGCCCAAAAUUGGAAAAAAUUGUUCGCGAUAGAGUAUCGCAAAAGUACUGUUUUUUUUCUCCGGUUUCGCUGAUAUCAGGAAACGAGGCCUGCUCGUUUCAUGAGCUUAGCCAAUGUUUUCUGGUUGAUUGGGAGUCAGGAGUACGGCACUAUUCUAGUGGUUUUUGCUUCUGCUGCAACAGGGGCAUACAUACUGAGGGAUGGCAAGGAAGAAGAAAGGAAAUGGAGAAUCUUCCAUGGCGAGGUCAACCCGGUCUUCUUCCAGGUUCUCUGCGCUGGAGGUUACGGAUGAGGAGUUCCCAUCCCUGCAAGUUGCUAAUUUUCCUACACCUGGUAAGGUAAAUAAGGAUGACACAGGUAGAGACGUUGGACAAACUGUUAAUUCUGGACAGAGGGUUGGGACUGCUGUUGUACGUUCCCAGGCAGUUGUGGAGAAUGCUAUUGCUGUUAAGAUGCUGGAGACCACAAAGAGGAAGCAAUCGGUGCAGGCAGAUGCUUCUAGUUUGGUGAUAAACCAAGCUGCUAUGGUUUCUGCCAGUAAGCCAAUCACUGGGAAAUUGGUCCAGGAGUCUACACAGCAACAUACUGUAAAAGAAAUUGAUAUAGGAGUAAAGCCCUGGAGUACCCUUUUCAAGGAUAACAGAGAUCCUACACAUGGAAUCAAGCUGAAAUAUAUCCCCCCAAAAGGCAAGGAAUUAGACUUUACUGAUAAAGUUAUGCCAUUCAUGGUUGAGAUGUGGGGCUACUGUCUUGUUGGGUGCUUCACAGGUAGAUUCCUUGGUCUUAAAGCAAUUCAUGAACUGAAAUGGAAGUGGGGUGUUAAAUGUCUCGUUAUAACCCAUGAUAGGGUUUGGGUUAUUUUUAAAUUCCAAAAUGAAUCGGAUAGGACUAAGGUGUUGAAUGAGGGUCCUUACACCAUAUUUGGGAAACAAUUAAUGCUCAAGGAACUAUCUGAGGACUUCUCGUUUGAGGAUGAAGAGUUCCUAAAAGUACCUAUUUGGGUUAAAUUCCCCAAACUACCAUGGAAACUAUGGAAUGAUGAGGCUAUGAGUGAGGUAGCAUCAAUGGUUGGAAUUCCGUUGACUACGGAUAAGAUAACUCAAGAGAAGACGAAUUACAACAUUGCUAGGGUCCUAAUUGAGGUUGAUGUUUCAAAACCACCACAACUUUCAUUUCCCAUACGUUUAUCUUUCCGGAAGAUAUUCAAACAAACGGUGGUAUAUGAAACAUUUCCUAAUUAUUGCUUUCAAUGCAAAGAAUACGGGCAUCACCCGUUUAUUUGCAAAAAGUUGGCACCAACUGUCCAGAACGUUAGCAAAGAGACUGAGAAACUUGAUUCUACUCAUGUGGUGAAAAGAAAGGAAGCUGCCCACAGUGAUAUUUUGGUUGAGCAGGGGCGAAAUAUUCUGGAUAACAAUGAUGAACUCACAAGGGAGGAGCCGGUUGAUACUUUGUUUGGGCAAGAGGGAAAUAUAUUGGAAACCACUAUUGUACCCACUGUUACAGUUAGGGAGGAGCGAUAUAUAGUAGAAACAGAUGUGCACGAUGUGGACACUGCUGCACUGGAAACUGUUAUAACUGAACCUGCUAUGCUGGAUGGCAACAAAACCGCUAAGAAGAAGAAGAAGAAGAUGGUUAGCCCUGAGACUAAGCAAUCUGGCGCUAGAGUGCCGGAAAGGACUGAAAGUGACAGCUCAGGAUAUUAUUCGUAUGAGACCGCCAGCUCAGAGGAGGAGGACCUAGGUCCGGACUUUGAUGAAGUUUAUAUGGAUGGUAAGGUUUUUACGAUUAGGAAAGAUGCUAAUGUGAAGUUGUGAACAGAAAUAGAAUGAUAAGGAGAACUCCAGGUUUAAGUUGGGAGGAAACUUUUGCUAAAAAGAAGAUGGUUCUUCCAAAACUUUUUAGGGGUAGGACAAAUGGGAAGAAAAUUAAAAAAGGACUGACUGGAAUGAAAUAAGCUUUUAUAGCUUCGUUUCGGGUUUCUUAUUUUGUGAUGGUUUUAGUGUGGCUGUGGAAGACAAGCAUCUGCUUUAUAUUUGAGGGAUUACGCUGGAAUUUCUAAAUUGGGAUGGGAUAGUUCGGUGCAUGUGUUGCUUUAUUGCUUUGGGAUGUAAUUUGAUGAAGCUGCUUUAGUCUGGAAUUGCUACUUCGCUGCAUUCGCUGGGAGUUGACGCUUUUAGUUGGCAUUUGAUACUUAAUUAGUUUAUUUUGAUUUUGUGAUGUGGGGGCUGUCGCAUUUCUACUGAAUUAUUAUAUCUAGGUUAGUCUUUUCUAGCUUAGAUAGUCAUUGAGGUCUGUUUUGAUGCAUUGUAAAAUGCUGUUUUUGGGUGCUUAUAUAUAUACUUACAUUUCAUUCAAAAAAAAAUAUAGAGAUAG